AUGCUCAUGGGCACAUCACAGGUGACAGCUUCCAACCCCAUCAGCUCUCAGAGCCAGCAGAUCCUGCUGACCGCCGACGAAGCGGCACCACUGGGUGUGCCCGAGUUCCUGUCUGUGACGGAGGUCGCUGCCUUAGACGUUUCUUACAUCUACACCAUCAGGGUCAAAGUAGAUAUCUCCCUCCCAGUCACAAUCCGAUGGGAUUUUGGGGACAGCAGCAUCAAUGUCGUUCACACUAAAUCGGCUCCAUGUCACACCACGAAAGAAGUGGAAGAGACAGGAGUCAAACAAGUUUACAUCCACGACUCAGUGAACUAUACAUAUUCCAUCCCAGGAACUCCUCUACUUGCCCAGCGGAAAACCACCAUCACAGUCGUCCACUCCCCGUUAGUAGCUGUCAUCAAAGGGGGCUCUCACAGACUCUGGUCCAGCCUCAGUGACCUGGUCCUGGAUGGAUCAGACUCUCAAGACCCUGACAUGGAGCCUGGAGAGGAGAAUAUGCUGCAUUAUCACUGGGCCUUCACGAUGGCGCACUCCGCCGAGGCUCAUUUUGUGAAACGGCCCACUGUGAGCGUCAGCAGCCGAAUGACUAUUCUCAGCACACAACUGCAAGCUGGCUCCAUCUACAUUUUCACCCUCACAGUGCACAAGGAUGGAAGAUCUGCUUCGAUCAAUCAGACGGUGACUGUGACUGAAGCUCCCGUGCUUCCUGUCAGUAUUGAAUGCAUAUCCUGUUCCUCGGCUUACCAUGUCAGUUACACCAACCCGGUCGUCCUCACAGGACAUUGUGGACAAUGUGGUGACCGGGCUCAGCCUGUCACUGGUCGGUGGGGCAAAGCCAGUCUGAAGAUACAGCCCAACAGUCCCCCACAUGGAGGUCUGUGUGACCUGAGUCCACAGUCAGAUAUUCGUUUACUGGAGACGAUGGUCACCUUCAACUGUUCAGUAUUGGAUGUUGACCAGAUCAGCUCAGCUUUGUCACAGUCUACUGUUUUGGAAUCUGUGGGGAAGAUGAUCCAUGUGCUGAAGAAGCAUACGAGUCCCACUGUUUUCCCGGUGGUCAAUGCAGGAAGAAACAUUCUUAGUGUCAUAGGUAGCACCCUGGCUGCUGUGUCUAAGUCUGGCAGUCCCCAACCACCCAACACAAGGACCCUGCAGGCACAUCCAGGCAUCGGUUUGUUGGGAUUUAGACAUGUCGGUGAACUGAUGCGGAUCCUCAUGCAGUCACGUGUUCAUGGUGAGACGCCUCUGGCGCUCUCCACCAACUACAUCACCACCGUUGGCUUCCAUGGCAGCCCAUCCGAGCUCCUCUGCACUCAACCAGACCAGCAUCAUGUUGCCCAAUCCAAGUCGCCAUCUGGUCUCUGUCAGUUUCACAUCCCAGCCUCUUUUACCGCUCACCUGCAGAGUAACAGGUCCGAGGUUGUGCAGGUUCUCUACGGGACGGGUGGGGCACUGGAAUCGGACGUUUUGCUUGCAGAGGCCGACCCUCCAAUUUCCACCAACCUGGUUGCCAUGGAGCUCGCCACUCAUGAAGGUCAGCCCAUACCCAUCCAGGACUUGGAGCCUGAACAAGCCAUACGGGUCACCCUCCCAAACAGGAGGCCAGUGGAUCAGGGUGGUGGAGGCUGGCUCCAGUUCUACAACCUGGAGGAGAGGCGAUGGAGCAGCAGAGGCCUUCAUCCACUGGAGGGCAGCACACUCCGUGCAGCCCACUGCCUCACCCAGCACCUCACUAUGUUCGGGGCCAGUGUGUUUGUUCACCCGGGGGCCGUCGUCCUGCUUCCACCAUCAGGAGGACCCGUGAGAAAUGUUCUCGUUGGGAUUGUCUGUGCUGCCUUGGUUCUGAUUCACCUGCUGGUGGGGCUCAUCGCCCACAAGCUGGACCACAUGGACAGCCUGAGGCUGAGCCAGGUCCCUCUGUGUGGGCGACCGGGCCUGUUCCACUACCGAGUGCUGGUCAAGACUGGCUGGAGACCAGGAGCAGGCACCACAGCGCAUGUUGGCAUCAGUCUGUAUGGUGUGAACAAGAGUGGGUCUCGCCAUCUGCAGAGGGAUGGAGCUUUUCAGCGAGGCAGCUUGGACCAGUUUCACGUGGAGACGGAUGACAACCUGGGAGAGGUUUGGAAAAUUCGCAUCUGGCAUGACAACACAGGUUUGGACCCAUCGUGGUACGUCCAGCAUGUGGUGGUUUGGGAUCCUCAGACAGACCACAUGUUCUUCUUCCUGGUCGAGGACUGGCUCUCACUGGACAACCAGAAGACUGGCACAGUGGAAAAGGAAGUACUUGCCUCAUGUCCUGAGGAGUUGAGUCAGUUUCGUCGGGUUCUCUCCUCCCAGAUGGUGUUUGGGCUGAUGGAGCGCCACCUGUGGCUGUCGCUGUGGGAACGCCCUGCUCACAGCCGCUUCAGCAUGGCACAAAGGGUUACCUGCGCCGCCCUGCUUUUGCACCUUUACCUGGCUUUCGGAGCCGUCUGGUAUGGAGCUGUUGGCACCAAAGAGCACAGUGAACCUGUAUCGGCCAGACUGCUGGUUAACGUGGAGACCAUCGCAGUUGGAAUGACAAUCGCAGCGCUGGUGUUUCCUCUUCAAUGCUUUCUUUGUUUCCUCUUCAGAAAAGCUCACAGUCAGGUAACUGUGGACAUGUCCGUUCCUCCCUCCCCUGUUUGUCACUCUGUGGAGAUGGACGUCAAUCUUGGGCAGUCGGGGCUCUCUGGUCCUUCUUUUCUGUCUUUGCCGGAUUCUUCGGGGAAAGUUAGAGACAGUCCUUCAUCCCUGAUGGAGAGCAAGGCGUUAGACUCCAGCAUCCUGGAUUUUUGGGCCUUCUCUGGCUUGACAGCAGGAACACAUGAUGAGGAAGAAGGCGUGGUGUCGUGGCAGUCGUGCGAUAGCCUCCUGAACUCCCCUACAAACGCGACGUCGACACCUGAUGGCUACAAAGCUUCGCCCGCACGUGGCACCGCUCGCCAGCUGAGACGGAAGAAGGCCGUGAUGCAGCUCCACCUGGCGAUACCUGCGCUCCACAUCUCUCCAGCAAAUCUUACUUCUCCUCCUCCUUCUCAUUCUCAAGAUAUCUUGACUUCUGCUAAACUCAGCCAAAGACCUCACCACAUGAUCCCUGAUCCAACGCGAGUUGGAAAAAACAACUUGACAUCUCUUUUAACUUUGUCCGAGGAGGAUCUGUUGAUGUCGAUAGCAGCAGCUGAGGACACAGCACACGCUGCCAACAGCAACUCCGACAGCGGCCGGGACUCCCCGAGAACCAUGUCCUCCUUCUCAACCAGGAGUGACUCCUGCAACAGCUGGUCGGAGCAGAGCGAGGAGAAGUCCCUGUACGGAGCUGCAACCAGCAAACCGGACAUUCAGUCCGACUCCACACCGAAUGGCCCCAGACUCUAUAAGUGUCCUUCUGUGCUGUCUGUGGACUCGGUGGCGAGCACGUUCUUACCAAGCCCGUCCCCUGACUCCACACGCUCCCCGUCCACCACCCGCAUAGGUGUUGUUCGCGGUCAGCCCGGCCGGCUGCUCCCCCCCUGGGCUCUGAGCGCUCUCUACCUGCUGGUGGCGCUGCUCCUGGGAGCCUGCCUGGCAGCGGUGGGGCUCUACGGGAGUUUCUUCUCCAGUAAAGUGGUGCUCGCGUGGCUGGCGUCGGCCGUCUCUGCCUUCCUCACCUCGGCGCUGCUGCUGGAGCCUCUCCAGGUGUGUGUGCAGGCUUUGGUCCACACGGCGCUGUGGCGGCCGGUGGAUCCAGAGGUGGAGGAGCAGUUGGCUCGGGAGACCACGGUGGUCCGGGCGUUUGGAGAGCAGAGCGGGAAGGUCCGACCGCCGUGUGGCUACGGGCUGCUUCAGGCCAAAGAGGAGGCCCGGAAAGUCCAGGCUCUGCGGGCUCUCAUGAGGCACUGCGUCUGCCAGCUGCUGUUUCUGCUGCUGGUGCUGCUGGUGAGCUACCAGGACGGAGUGGAGCAGAGGCAGGCCCGGCUGCUGCGCUCGGCUGUCAGACAGCGUCUUCACGCAGCACCCCCGGGGUUCCCCAACCUCACCUCACUCCGAGACUGGUCGGACACAGAGCAGUGGAUCAGUCACACCCUGUUGCCACACCUGCACCAAAACCCCAUACUGCGCCUCGUCGGGUCACCACAGCUGCGGUACACGCACCUUCUGGGUACCUCGGCCAUUGAACUCCAAGGAAACGAGAGCGAGACACGCCGGCUCGUCGCUGACCUGCGCAUGGCAGGAACGAAGAAGAAGACCCAGUUUCAGAGGAUUUCGAUAGAUUUCACACACCACCACAGAGAGUCAGGUUUAUUUAUGUGUGUGUCCGUACGAUUAGCGCAGGCCGAGAUGCAGCCGAUCUCCUCCUCGCUCGCCAUCAAUCCUCUCGUCAUUCCUUCAUCGUCUUCGGAACCGGACCUUCAGUUUACGCUGACGAUUUUCCUCCUCGCCUCGGCCCUGCUCGUCCUGUUUGGGGAGCUGCGGUCCGUGGCCGCCGAGCGCGCUCAGUACCUGUAUCGGUGCCAUCACUGGUUCCAGCUCCUGUUGGCGUUGUUGACUCUGGCGGCGGCCGUCCUGCAGCUCCGCUCCCAGUCUCUUUCCUCUUCAUGUCUUUCCAAGUUUCGGGCUCGACCACGCAGCUUCAUUAACUUCCACCGCGCAGCCCUCCUGGCAGAGAAGUCUUCCCAGUGCGCGGCUCUCCUGCUCACGCUGCUCGUUCUGAAGCUGCUGGGAACCCUGAGGUUUGUGCGGAGGUGGGUGGUGAUCGGCAGAGUGCUGCAGAGAGCCUGGAGGGAGCUGAGGGCUCUGGCUGUCCUCGUCGUGCUGCUGCUCCUGCUCUGCACUCACCUCGGAAACACGCUUUUCUCAGGCUCGGUGGAAGGCUUCCUGUCACUGCGUCAGACCAGCGUCUCGGUGUUGUCCAUCUUGCGAGGCCGGCCGGUGCUCCAAAGACUCUGCAGGGUCCAUCCAGUCCUGGGCCCGCUGUACGGCCUGCUGCUGCUGGGGGGCUGUGCUUGGUUUCUGGCACGACUCUGUGGAGCCGUUCUUAUCCGUACAUACCGGGCAGAGCAGGCGGAGCUGUUCCAACCGACUAUCGAGCCUCAGGACUAUGAAAUGGUUGAGUUCUUCAUCAAGAGACUCAAACUAUGGAUGGGACUCACCAAGGCCAAGCAGUUCAGACACCGUGUGAAGUUUGAGGGCAUGGACGCUCCACCCUCCAGGGCAUCACAGGAAUCUCGUCUCUCCAGCCCCUCCUCCCCGUCGUCACCCUCCUCCUCUGUCUCCUCCCCCCGGCCCUCGUCCUCAGCGCUCUCGGUUCGCUCUGAGGACUCGUCGGGGUCUGAAACUGGCUUUGAAGUCCAGCCCUACCUGGACAGCCUGAUGCCCUGUGCCACUGUCCUUCUGUCUCGCUUCGACAGGGUCAAUCAGCUCAUCGAAGACAUCCACAACUUGGAGGUGAAGCUGGAGGAGGUUCAGGCCAGCAGAAGGAAAGCGUGGAAAAGUAACAAGGAGGAAAGUGAAGAAAGGCUGGGAGAGCUGCUGAAGCCAAAGGAACCUAAUGAAGGAGAAGUUCGACACAGAAAGACUGGCCUUAUUUACCCCAAGUCACGAAUCUCCCUCCCGUCUUCAUUCCCCUUCAUUUCCUCGUCUCUUCAGUCUACGGCUGCAUCGAUCUGCAUCUUUCCACGUAUGCGUAGCUCCUACUCUGAGUCUGAGUCAAUGCCGCUCCAUCCUCAGCUCAUGAACAGCACACUCCCUUCUGAAUUCACCAAGGCUGCGCCUGGAUUCAGAGGUUUGAGCGCAGGUUCUCCUGCCUUCGGCAGGCUUCCCAGAAGAAGAGCCUGGCACUCCGGUAGCUCUCAUUCAGCCGACGCCACUCAGAGAGGCUUCCAGCUGCCCGGAGAAAACCUCACCAGCGCCAGACCGAGGAGUGAAGAGGGGCCGAGGGGACAGAUAAGUGACGGCGUUCCAGUGAAGAGGAAGGCUUGGAUCUCAGAAGAACCAGAGAUCGAGUAGUAUGGAUCCCUUUUGAAGGACACUUUCGUGUCACCGCGUCACGGUGAACUAUAGAUGGUGGAAAUAGGCAUCGACUGUAUGUUAAAGUCAGACGCGACAAAUUCACCUGAACAUGAAACUAUCAAAAGAACAUUUGGGCUUCCUUAAAAAAUGUGUUGAAAUAUAUCCAGAUGUUUUGAGAAAAUUAGUUACGAGACUCUCAAGUUGUCAUUGUUGUGUAACAUUUUAAGAUCUUCUAAUCUGUCAGCGACAAAUAAACGUGUGACCAUUUGGCUCACAAUC